AUGUCCGACUGCACCGACGAGGAGAUUCUUUCGAAGGGCUUUGACAACCUCAUUGUCUUCAGUGGAAUCGAUGAGUCCCGGGCAGCAGUCCGCGAAGCCCUCAGACAAGAAUUACCCUUGGACUACGCCAAGGUCACCGAGCAUGCGACGAUGAAAGCAGCUGUGGAGGUGUUCAAUGGCCGCUUGACUGACAAGGAGCUUCCAAGCAAAUCACUGGUGGCGCAGAAGCUCGAACAGGUCGAAGACAAUGCGCCGUAUGCUGAGGACAUGCGGGACGUCACCAGUGUAGAAGAUGCCGAAAGUGAGGCGUACAAUGCCGUUAUCGAUCCAAGCGCCGCUGUCCUCCGCAUCAAGCCUGGCAGGGCCGCAGCCACUCCCCCGGGGACCCCGGAGGAAUUGCGGCUGCGCCACAGGCGAAUCGGGCGUGCGUGGGAGAUG